AUGCGAGCUCUGGAAAUGAAGAACCCAGCGUUAAUACUUGAGAGCCCAAACAGGCAUAACAUAAGUUAUGCUGCCCAAGUGAUUAACCAUGAUCUUGCAAAAACGUUUCAAACAAUGGUUCAAGAAUUGCAAGAAAAGAAAGGAUGUACUGAAAGGGCAAUUAUAUACUGCCAAACUAUCAAAGUCACCACUUACUUAUAUUCCUUUUUCGCAUCAGAAGUAGGUGAUGACAUGUAUGUUGACGACUCCAUGGAUCCCAAAAAGAGAACUGUUGAAAUGUUUCAUAGCAGGAUAGAUGAACUGAAUAGAGAUCAUAUAUUAGAGUCCAUGGGCAAACCGGAUGGUUCAGUUCGAGUUUUAAUUGCAACCAUUGCUUAUGGCAUGGGAAUUGAUUGUAAGAAUGUGACAACUGUCAUUCACUAUGGUCCUUCUUACAACUUGGAGACAUACAUGCAAGAGAGUGGAAGAGCUGGAAGAUCAAAUAUGCAAAUGUGCAAGUCUGUCAUCCUGUAUUCAAGCUUAAUGAUGAUGCAUUGUUCCGAUGAAAUUAAGAGUUAUGUACGUGAAUCAUCAAAGUGCAGAAGAAAGAUGCUGUUAGAAAGCUUUGAUGUUGACUUGAAUAACCUGCCUGUGACACAAUACCCUCACCAUUGUUGUGAUUUUUGCAAAAAAAACUGCAAAUGCUGUGGGACAUAUUGUGAUUUUGUAUACUUUACAUCAAUGUCUAUUAGCAAUCAAGAAGCUGCAAUGGAAUGGAGUCUUUGUGCUCAAGAAAAGUUACAGAUGCUCAAAGAACAGCACUUGCCCAAAAGUUGACAUAUUUAAAGAUGGUUUUAAAAGAACAAUUUUUAAAAAAAGCUAAGAUUGCAAAUGUACCUAUGUUUACACCUACAAAGUUAGCUGGUGCAUUUGGAGAUCCUGAAAUAGAACAAAUAUUGCAACAUUGUGAGAAAAUUUUUUCUGUUGCUUCUAUUUUUAAGUUUGUUAAUAUCUGGCAUACAAGUGUGGCAAAUGACGUUUUGUUUGCAUUUUCAAACGUCUUUGAAGAUAUUGAUGUAGCUGAAUCUGAAGAAACAGAACUUGACAAUAUAGAAGAGUUCUCUUUUGAUAAUAUAUUUGAUUUUGAUGAACAAGACUCAUUGCUGGCCAGCGUUGAAGAACUAUUUACUAUUGCAGAGGAUAGCCUUAUUGAAAAUGCUGAAGAAGAGUAUGACACUGAGUAG